AAACGCGCCAAGGUGGACAGCUCGUUGAACAUCCGCAUCCGGGACCAGAGCGGCGAGGAGACCUUUUACAAGGUCAAGAAGACGACGAAGCUCGAAAUAGUCUUCAGCCUUUACGCCCAGCGCAAGGGCGUCGACGCGCUAGAUCUUCGGUUUCUCUUCAACGGCCAGCGCGUCCGCGACGACGAGACGCCGCAGGACCUCGACAUGGAAGACGGCGACCAAAUCGAUUGCAUUCUCGAGCAGCAGGGC